GCGAGUGGCCUUUUGCCCACUUCACCGCUUCCCCAUUCACCUUCCUCGCCCUCCUCUGCCCCUUCUCCCGCGCUCGCCCCCCGCCGCCGGCGCCGGGGACCUCGCGGUCGACGCGGAGACCGGCGGUUCGCUUGGAGAGCUAGUCGGGAACCGGGAUCGGUGAAGCGGCUGCUGCGUCCUCAACGGCCUCUGCGACUUUUUCGCCGUGUCUCCCAUCCAGGCACAGUUUGUGCCACUCUUCUAGCUGCCACUGCUACUCGGCCGGCCAGAGCUCAGAUCUCAUCCCGAAAAAUCUGCAACCGGUCGUAGCUACUCCUCCCGGGGGAUGGAUCUCAUGAAGGUUUUCGAUCAGACUGUGCGUGAGAUCAAGAGGGAGGUCAAUCUAAAGGUGCUCAAGGUCCCCGAGAUCGAACAGAAGGUACUUGAUGCUACAAGUGACGAACCUUGGGGCCCCCAUGGAACUGCUCUUUCAGAGUUAGCACAUGCUACGAAGAAGUUUUCUGAGUGCCAGAUGGUAAUGAAUGUCCUAUGGACUAGGUUAACUGAGAGAGGCUCGAAAUGGCGUCAUGUGUAUAAGGCAUUGACAAUUAUUGAGUACUUGAUAGCCAAUGGUUCUGAGCGGGCAGUUGAUGACAUUCUUGAUCAUUAUUCUAAGAUCUCGGUUCUUUCGAGUUUUGAGUAUGUGGAACCUAAUGGAAAAGAUGCUGGAAUAAAUGUGAGGAAGAAAGUAGAAACUAUUGUGGGCAUCCUUAACGACAAGGAGAGAAUAAAGGCUGUGAGAGACAAAGCGGCCAGUAAUCGUGAUAAGUACGUUGGACUAUCAUCUACAGGGAUAACACAUAAAUCAAGCUCAGUCUCAUUUGGUAGCAACUACAGUUCAGGCGAACGUUAUGGGAGUUUCAGUGGCACAAGGGAAGAUGACUCAUUCGGUGACAGUUACAGGGACAAAGAACCUGUUAAAACCUCCACAAGUAAUACUGGCAGCCAGAAAUCUGGCAUCAAGUUGAGAAAGGAUGCGAAGCCUCAUAGAAGGAAUGAGGAUUAUAAUUCACCCAGCUCCCUGAAGCCCCCAUCUAAUACAAUCAGCAACGAAGAUGACUUUGAUGACUUUGAUCCUCGUGAAUCUUCUUCGAAUGGCAAAGCUACUGCUAAGUCCGGCGAGGUGGAUCUGUUUGGCCCAAACUUGAUGGAUGGUUUCAUCUAUGCAUCUGUAGCAACUCCAGCAACCGACAAUGCUGUAGAACCUCAGGUCGAUCUGUUUGCUGAUGCAGAUUUCCAAUCGGCACCCACAAGUAGAGAGACAGCUGCAAAUCCGGAUGCCCAGGGCAAUGUUGACCUAUUUGCGGAAAAGCCAACUUUUGCUGCAGCAUUUCCGCCACAGACUGGGUUUAUUCCACCACCAAGUUCUGGGACAUCUUCUGAAGUAAAUACUUCCGUGUCCCAGAAUGCAAAUCCUGAACCAUUCGAUCCAUUUGGUGCUAUUCCUUUGAAUAGUUUUGAUGGAUCUGAUCCAUUUGAUGCCUUCAGCUCCAAGGCUGGAUCAUCUACUGCACCAACACCCGCACACAGUUCUACUGGAAAUAUCAGCACAUCAAGCCAGAACCUUCAGGCUGCAUCUGACUUUGGUGCCUUUGUAUCGAACAAUGAGGAAGCAGUUAAAGACCCAUUCGAUCUUUCUUCAAGCAGCAAUGUCGGAAAAACACCUUUAGCAGCUCCCAAGACCGAUGCAUCUGAUUUUGGUGCCUUUGUAUCUAACACUGUGGAAGCAGCUAAGGACCCUUUCGAUCUUUCUUCAAGCAGCAGCCUUGGAAGGGCAGACCAAACACUCUUGGCAGCUCCCAAGCCUAAUACAAAGAAAGAAAAUUUUCAGGUCAAGUCUGGAAUAUGGGCGGACUCCUUGAGCCGCGGACUGAUUGAUCUGAACAUAACCGGACCAAAGAAGGUGAACCUAGCCGACAUUGGCAUCGUCGGUGGCCUCAGUGAUGGAUCCAAUGAGAAGGCUGCGCCCUCUUGGACAAUGUCUGGUAUUCCAUCAUCUACACAAACCGGUGGCAUCGAGAGCUUAGCAAACUACAACAAGCAUCAGUUCGGCUUCAAAUGAGCUUAGAUCUUACAUACAGGAAAAUUUUCUAGUAUUUGCGGUUUCCUCCUCUGCCGGCCUUGCCCUUCUAUGCCUAUUGAUUCAAUUUCCUUUGUGUUCUUUUGGUGAUUUCGUCACACUACAAUUUGUGUCAACCAAUCUUGGCCCGUCUUGUCACGCGUGUAUGGUUUGCGGGUAAGCAUGCAACUCGCCCAAUCACACCAUGUUUCAGUUCGAUGAUACAUACGGUUACUAUGCAGCAUGUGUAAAUCCUGUGACUUGCCUCUGUAUUUAUGUAAUACAAUCUUGGAAUGCUUGAAUUGGAUUCAAUAAGAAUCUGUGCCCCUGUUGUUUA